AUGCGCGGGCCCGGGCGCCCCCUGCUCCUGGGGCUGCUGCUGGUGCUGGGCGCGGCGGGGCCCGGGGUCGCGGAGCCCCGGGAGGCGGCCGACGGGCCGACGCUGCUGCGGCUGGUGGUGGAGCUCCUGCAGGAGCUCAGGAAGUCCCAGCAGGGCGAGUCCAAGAGGCUGCAGCUCGCGGGCCCGCGCGGCGACAGCCUGGGCCGCAGGGACGCGGACUCGGCGCUGGACCCCGCGGAGCAGAGAGUGGAAAUUGUUCCUCGAGAUCUAAGGAUGAAAGACAAGUUUCUAAAACAUCUGACAGGUCCUCUUUAUUUCAGCCCAAAGUGCAGCAAACACUUCCACAGACUGUACCACAACACCAGAGACUGCACCAUCCCUGCAUACUAUAAAAGAUGUGCCAGGCUUCUUACCCGGCUGGCCGUCAGUCCAAUGUGCAUGGAGGGAUAAGCUGUGGGCAGAGCAGCAGAGGACCCACAGCCCAUGAACCAUGAGAAGUGCCUUGGAGACCAGCAGGGAACAGAACCUACUACCUUCAUGAACACGUCCCCUUGUGAACAAGAGAUUUAUUUUUGCAGACAGACUCUUCCAUACUUCCUUUAACUUGAGUUUUGUAUGUUGUUGACACUGUUGGCAGAUAAAUAUUCAGUAAAUCAGCGUACCUGAUGGUAAAAAUACUUGCCACUCAUGAUCUUGGAAAAAAGAAUGCUCCACAUUUGAUGGGUAGUGCUACAAAAUGACAGAGAAAGUGAUUUCAUUUACUUAAUUAGGUGAAAUCUCAAAGAAUAUUUCUUUAGAAACAUAAACAGAAUCUGAAACUAUAUUUUCAUAUAGCAUAUGGUAUGAUUUAAUAUUUUUAUUACUUUUACAGUUAAAUUCCCAGAGUAUUAUUUGGAAUUCCAGAAAAACCCACAAAAAACCUUGUCAUGUUUUGGAGACAGUGGAGUGUAAAGCUGUGAACAUACCCAGGCUAAUUUCACUUGUCCUUUGUACAAUAAAUGUAACAUAGUAUCCAGAUAUUGUGCA